AUGGGCAGUGUGUUGGCAGCCAGCUCCCCGCCCCAGCCUCCCCCGGCCACAGGGGGUGCUGUUCCCCCAGGCCUCACGGUGCCUCCAGGCUUUGGGAUGCCCCCGGUGUCUGCUGUCCUGCCCUCGUCUGCUGCUCCAGAGGAAACGGAGAGCUCUUUACCAAACCCCGGGGGCUUCGAGGAGUGCCAUCGAAAAUGCAAAGAGGUUUUCCCGAUGCAGAUGGAGGGAGUCCGCUUACUUGUCAACAAAGGUCUCAGCAACCACUUCCAGGUGAGCCACACGGUGAUGCUCAGUACGAUGGGAGACUCGAGCUACAGGUUUGGGGCCACGUACGUCGGACUGAAGCAGAUGGGACCAGCGGAGUUCUUCCCUGUGAUGGUGGGAGACCUGGACAACACUGGGAGUCUAAACGCUCAGAUCAUUCACCAGCUCAGCCCCAAGAUCCGCUCCAAACUGGCUUUCCAGACGCAACAGAACAAGUUUGUGAACUGGCAGGGAGACGCAGAGUACCGGGGGGACGACUUCACCGCCACCGUCACGCUGGGAAACCCCGACGUCCUCCUGGGAUCAGGCCUGGUGGUGGCGCACUACCUUCAGUCCGUCACGCCGUCUCUGGCUCUGGGCGGGGAGCUGGUGUACCAUCGCAGACCAGGAGAGGAAGGCUCCGUCGUGUCGCUGGUCGGACGCUACACUGGCAGUAACUACACGGCCACACUGACCCUGGGAGGAGCCGGAGCACACGCCUCCUACUACCAUAAAGCCACGGACCAGCUUCAGGUGGGGGUGGAGUUUGAGUCUGUGUGUGUGUUUCAGCUUCAGGUGGGGGUGGAGUCUGUGUCUGUGUGUGUGUGUGUUUCAGCUUCAGGUGGGGGUGGAGUCUGUGUGUGUGUGUGUGUUUCAGCUUCAGCUUCAGGUGGGGGUGGAGUCUGUGUGUGUGUGUGUGUUUCAGCUUCAGGUGGGGGUGGAGUCUGUGUGUGUGUGUGGGUGUUUCAGCUUCAGGUGGGGGUGGAGUUUGAGUCUGUGUGUGUGUUUCAGCUUCAGGUGGGGGUGGAGUUUGAGUCUGUGUGUGUGUUUCAGCUUCAGGUGGGGGUGGAGUCUGAGUCUGUGUGUGUGUGUGUGUUUCAGCUUCAGGUGGGGGUGGAGUUUGAGUCUGUGUGUGUGUUUCAGCUUCAGGUGGGGGUGGAGUCUGAGUCUGUGUGUGUGUUUCAGCUUCAGCUUCAGGUGGGGGUGGAGUUUGAGUCUGUGUGUGUGUUUCAGCUUCAGGUGGGGGUGGAGUCUGAGUCUGUGUGUGUGUUUCAGCUUCAGCUUCAGGUGGGGGUGGAGUUUGAGUCUGUGUGUGUGUUUCAGCUUCAGGUGGGGGUGGAGUUUGAGUCUGUGUGUGUGUUUCAGCUUCAGGUGGGGGUGGAGUUUGAGUCUCUUCAGGUGGGGGUGGAGUUUGAGUCUGUGUGUGUGUGUUUCAGCUUCAGGUGGGGGUGGAGUUUGAGUCUGUGUGUGUUUCAGCUUCAGCUUCAGGUGGGGGUGGAGUUUGAGUCUGUGUGUGUGUUUCAGCUUCAGCUUCAGGUGGGGGUGGAGUUUGAGUCUGUGUGUGUGUGUUUCAGCUUCAGGUGGGGGUGGAGUUUGAGUCUGUGUGUGUUUCAGCUUCAGCUUCAGGUGGGGGUGGAGUUUGAAGCCAGCUCUCGGAUGCAGGACUCCAGUGUUUCGUUUGGAUAUCAGAUCGACGUGCCCAAAGCCAACCUCCAGUUCAAAGGCUCCAUGGACUCUAACUGGGUCGUCGGUGCCACUCUGGAGAAGAAGCUGCUGCCGCUGCCUCUGUCCCUCGUCCUCUGCUCCUUCCUAAACCACCAAAAAAACAAGUUCCAGUGCGGCUUCGGAGUCACCAUCGGCUAA